CACCAAGACAUACUAUUGUACAUAUAAUAAUAUACAUCAGCUGAUCAUGUCAUCAUCAUCAACUCAAAGAAAUUAUCCAAAUGAAUUUUAUUGUCCAAUCACACAGGAAAUUAUGAAAGAUCCUGUUAUUGGUACCGAUGGUCAAACCUAUGAAAGAGAAGCAAUUGAACAUUGGUUGACUAUUCAUGCUACUUCACCAUUGACAAGAGAAGCCAUGAGCAAGGAGUUGUUGGUAUCGAAUAUUGCUUUGAGAAAUACUAUUGAACAAUUGGUUCAUGGAAAUACUCCUAUUGUUGUGAAUAGAGUCACACCAUUGGUUGAGCAAGAUAUUGAAGAUCAUUCUUUGAAUUUGACAAUUGUUUCAAAGCAAGUGAGUGAAUCAAAGAGAAGAAUUCAUGUUAAGGUAUCACCACCUACUGGAGGUCAACGUCAACCAUGUAAUUUGGUAUGCAUUCUCGAUGUGAGUGGAAGUAUGGGAUCUAGUGCUGAAGAUUUGAGUUCUUCCAAUGAAAAUACUGGAUUUUCAAGAUUGGAUUUGGUCAAGCACUCUGUUAGAACUCUUAUUGAAUUAAUGAAUGAAAAGGAUCAAAUUUCUCUCAUUCCAUUCAGUGAUUCUGCAAGAAUGGAACUUCCUCUCACUAAAAUGGAUGCAGUUGGUAAGAAGAAGGCCAUUGAAAAGUUGGAACAUUUAGGACCUGAAGGAUCUACCAAUGUAUGGGAUGGUUUGAGAUUGGGAAUGGAAUCCAGUCUUAAUAAUCCUCUCUGUGCAAAGACCAAUACUUGUUUGAUUCUAUUCACAGAUGGUGAACCUAACAUUAAUCCUCCAAGAGGUAUUGUCCCAACUCUUGAAAAGUACAUUAAGGAACAUCCAUUGAAUUCCACAAUUCACAGCUUUGGAUUUGGAUACAGUUUGGAUAGUGCCUUAUUGAAAGAUAUUGCAAUGAAUGGAAGUGGAGCUUACUCUUAUAUUCCUGAUUGUUCCAUGGUUGGAACAACAUUUGUUAACAUGAUGAGUAAUAUUUUAUGUACUGCUGUUAGAAGAGCCGAGUUGGUCAUUUCCUCAAUGAACGGUGCCAAGAUUUCACACGUUUACGGUUCCAGUCAAAAUGGAAAUAACAGUACCAAUGAAAAACAAUUCACAAUUUCAAUGGGAGGAGUUCAAUUCCAACAAUCAAGAGAUUAUAUUAUUGAUGUCGAUAUGCAUGCCAAUAAUUUGCCUGCCAUUAAGGUUGAUCUCACUUACAAUCACCAUUCUAUUGAAAAAGUUGAACCUGUUAAUCAAUCACUCUCCUCAGAACAAGCUACUGAUAUGGAUGCCAACUUGACAAGAUUAAUGUUCAUUGAAUGUGUUGAAAAAUGUAUUCAAACCUACAGAAAUGGUAACAGUAGCAGAGAUGACAGUAGUAAGGAAUGCAAACAUCAAUUAGAAUCCUUCUUGCAAACUAUUGCCAAAUUACCAUCCUUUACAGAUGAACGUGUCAGUGCUCUAGUUAGAGAUAUUAAGAGUGACAAUACAAACGAAGGUCAAGUAUCUAUUGCCUUCUCCAAACAAGAGUUCAUGAAUAAGUGGGGUUAUCACUAUUUGCCUUCUCUCCUUCGUGCUAACUGGAUGCAACAAUGCCACAAUUUCAAAGACCCAAGUGUUCAAAUCUUUGGUGGAAGCUUGUUUGAAGCUUUGCAAUCUGUUGCAGAUGACAUCUUUUGUAAACUUCCUCCUCCAAAACCAUCAAAUGUCUAUUCCUAUGGUGGUGGCAGCUAUAACACCCCAACAAACAUGAGCUCAUACUACAAUGCAGGUGGUUCUUGCUUCGAUGGUAAUUCAUUAAUCACAAUGUAUGACAACUCUGUCAAGAAGGUUUCUGAAAUUAAGAAAGGAGACAGAGUUAAGAACAUGAAUGGUGAUUCAUAUGCCACUAUUUUAUGCGUCUUGAAGAGCAAGACUCCUUCCCCUAUUGUCAAAUUGUGUGAAAUGAAUGGAAUGUACAUUACCCCAUAUCACCCUGUAAGAGUUAAGGGUGAAUGGAAAUUCCCAAUCGAUAUCAAAUCACCUCAAGAUGUUGCCUGUGAUUAUGUCUAUAAUUUGGUAGUUGAUCAAGGACAUGUUGUUUCAAUUAAUGGAGUUGAGUGUAUUACUCUUGGACAUGGAUUUACUGAUAAUUCUGUUGUGAGCCAUCCAUAUUUCGGAACUGAUCAAAUUGUUAAAGAUUUGAGUAGUAUGAAGGGAUACGAUCUUGGAAUGAUUGAAAUGAACAAGUACGACUUGAAGAGAGAUCCUAAUACUAAAAUGAUAAUCUCACUCUCAAUUCUGGAAUAAUGUAAAUAAAUUGUAAAUUAACUUGAA